AUGAGAGCUCGUCCCUUCCCCGCCCCUCCUGGGUUUUCCGCCCUGUUGUCCCCCCUCUCCGCUCACUUCCCCAAUCUCUCUCACACUUCCCCUUGCUCUCCCCCCUUGCUCCCCCCUCUCCCACCCAGUGGCGCUCGCUCUUCUUCCGCCAUGCCUGCAGGACCUGCGGUGGUAUUGGGGGGCAGACUCAUUUGGCGCUCGCUCUUCUUCCGCCAUGCCUGCAGGACCUGCGGUGGUAUUGGGGGGCAGACUCAUUGUUCCCUGUUCCCCCAUGCAUGCUCCAUCCAAUGUCUUCUCGUCCGCCCCUUCCCCCCUUCCCCCCCUUUCCCCCAGUGGCGCUCUCUCUUCUUCCGCCAUGCCUGCAGGAGCUGCGGAGGCAAGGGCGAGUUCAUAGCCCGGCACGCCAAGCUGCCUCCCGUCUCUACCCCUCCCAACGCUCCCUCUGCGAAACGGAAGCUUUUGGGAGCGUGUACUCCUGGUGAGAAGUUGCUUGUAUCGAAUCCGCAUGCAGAGAGGAACAUGUGGUUCCUCCUCUGCCUGCAGUGCACCCGCCUGCCACGUGUCCAGCUGCGAUUGGCGCAGCUCGAUGCACAUGUGGACAUUUUCGGGCUGACAGGAUCGAAAUUGAAGUGCCCGGGGUGGGAGGAUGAGGGGAAGAAGAAGAGGAAGAAGAAAGGAACGAGGGGGGGAGGAGGAGCAGGGUAG